UUUUUUCCUCCGUUUUUAAUGUGUGCGUGCGCUUCCUAUUACAAUUUUUCGAAGGAUUUUCCGUGUGUUUUGUUGACGUGCAGGCGCGACGGAAAGUGAAAAACGUAAUUAACCAGUGCCGUGCAACAGGGCGGGUCAACGUUUGGCGUAAACAGCAGUGUGUGCCCCGCGAGCGGACAGGCGCAAGGCGUUAAAAAUGGCGAACGUAAGGGACAGCGACACAUCACUGUGGCUGCAUAAUAAACUGGGCACCUCGAACGAUUCGUGGAUAAACGGCUCGAUAUGCUCCCAACUGAACAAGGAGGUGCUGCGCAACAUCAAGGAAUGCUUCCCAGACUUGCAGACGCAGGUCAAGCUGAAGCUCCUUCUCAGUUUCCUUCACAUUCCGCGCCGUCUGGUGGAAGAGUGGAAGGCGGAGCUGGAGGAAGUGAUCGAGGUGGCAGGGCUGGACUCCGAGCUGUGGGUCUCCAUGUUGGCGGAGACUAUGAAGACCUUUCCGGCCACCAGCUCGCUGAACACAGAGAUCUCGGACUACGAGGACACGCGUCCGAUCUUCACAGACAUGGUCAACGACCUGCGCAAACUGGUCACCAAACACUCGGACUUGGGCAUGCUGCCUCUGGAGUGCCAAUACCUGAAUAAGAAUGCGCUGAUCUCAGUGGUGGGUCAACAGCCCGCUCCCGUCAAGCAUUUCACGCUGAAGCGUAAGCCCAAGAGCGCACAGCUGCGCACUGAGCUGCUGCACAAAUCGGCGGAUGCGCAGUCUUCGCUGAAGAAGGCGUCCGCCCCCACAAUUCCACUGCGGUCGCGCGGCAUGCCUCGAAAGAUGACAGACACCACUCCGCUGAAGGGAAUUCCGUCGCGAAUGCCGACCACAGGUUUCCGCUCGGCCACCGUUCCGGGCAAUGCCGCCCAGAGGCCCAAUCUCAGUCGGACGCCAGCUGGCCGCAAGGAUGGCGGCAUCAAGCUGAUCGAGUUCACCGAACAGCCGCUGGGAUAUGCGGCCGCCAAGAAGCGCAAGCGCGAGCAACAACUGGAAGAGCAACAGAAGAAACAAGAGCAGAAGCAGCAGCAGCAAGCAGCGGCUGCAGCCGCAGCGGCCACGGCAGCCGCUGCCAAUACGGGCGACAGCUCUCCGACCGAUGGGGCAACAGCUAGUGGAGGCGAGACGCCCGUCACUCCCACGUCUGCUAACAACAGUUUUGAGAUCAAAAUGGAGCCACAAGUGCUCAACCAGAGCGCUGGCAGCCUAGAGGAGCCGCUGGACGAGGAGCUGGCGGGUAAAUCGGCCAUGGAGUGCGAACCGGAGACGCCGGAGUAUGCUACAGCUACACUGGAGUUCGCCCAGGUCACCGCCACAUCUGUUGUGGAUAACCAACCCGGAAAACCCGCCGUCGAGGCCAAGACGAAGAGCCCGCGCACUCCGAAGGCUGCUGCGAAACUAAACAACAACAACAACAGUUUCAAUCACACACCAAAACGAAUUAAGCAGGAAAUCGAGAUCAAGAGCGAGGAGAUCAUAGUACCAGCCAGCAUCAAGCUCGAGAAGAUCGAGACCUCGCCUUCGUCGCAGGGCCAGCAGCAGCAGCAGCAACGUGUCAUUAUCCAGCAGCAGCCACCGUCCCUGGUCCAGCGCACUCCGCACCUGCUCAUCCGAACGUCGCCGCAGAAACGACAAAACAAUGGAGCCACCACUAGCACCGCUACCACCACCACCGUUGGCAAUACCACCAUCAAAAUGGAGAAGCUGGACAUCAAGCCCAUGUUACGUGCCACUGGUGUUUCGCCCUCGACAAGUACAGCUGCCACGACUACUCUGCUCACGCCACAGCAGCUGCGUCAGGCAGCCAACCCGCUGGCCAAUCUGCCCAACAAUAUCUCCGUGAAGAUAACCUCCGCCAAGGCGAAGGCCGCCGCUGCAGCAGCGGCUGGGCCCAGUGGCAGUCAGGCGCAACAGCAGACAGUGCAGGUACAGCAGUCGCCGCAGCAGUCUCAGCCGCCGCUUCUGAUCAACAGCUCCACACCCGUCAUACUAGCAUCAUCACCCAGUGUUCAACGUGCGAAGGCUUUGGCGGCGCCUAGUAGCAGUAGUACUGCUACCACCACGACAAUACCGUCGCAAGCCAUAAAGACGAUGCCGUUGAGCCAACUGAAGACUGCGACAAACAGCGGCCCGGUGAUUAUAUCGCAGACGAUUAUUCAGCCGGCUAAGCGUGCUCAGCAGCAAGCUGGCACGUCGAGUGCCGCUGCCGCUUCCCAGCAGCAGCAGCAGCAGCAACAACAGCAGCAGCAACUGCUGCAACAACAGAUCCAACAGCAGACGCAACAACAGGCCCAGCCAACGCAACAGCAGCCCCAGCAGCAGCAGCAGCAGACACAGUACAUCAUAGCAACGCCGCAGCAGCCACAGCAGGUGCAACAGCAGCAGCCAAUGCUACCGACGCUUACUUCGUUCACACACGGUCGUCCUUUGCCGCAGACCACAACGCUAUACCAGACAACAGCUGCCGGUGGAAACGCGCAGACACCCACAAAGAUAUUGUUGAAGACAUCAGGUACGUCGAGUGUGGUAAUGACGCCGCUCCGACAGGCGCAACAGCAGCAGGCCACCACUGUAGUAUCAUCGAAUCCGCCGCCAUUGGUAGCCACCUCUGCUGCAGUGGUUUCCCCCGGACAGUCGAACACUCUGAAUAUUCAGAAUGUGCAGCUGCCGAACCGACCGGUGACAAUUCAACCAGCUUCUCAGGCUGCCCAGCAACAACACAUGCAGGCCCAGAUGCAGCAGCAGCAUCCCCAUCCACAGCACACGAUCGUGGCAAACACGACGGCCACGCAACAGCCCAAAUUGUCGCAGGUCCUGAUGCAGCCAAGUGGCGCUGUCGGACCCGGCGGAGUGUCCGCUCUGAAUGUUUCACCGACGUCUGGCAAAAACAAGACCAUUAUACUUACCCAAAAAGGCGUUAUACUGCGAAACAUAGGUGGUGACAUGUACCAGCAAAUACCUAUCAGCAAUGUGGGCAGCCUGCAGGGACUCGGUGGCACCACGCUCAUGACCACUACGGCGGCUGGACCGCCUAGUCUCGUGAAGACGACGUCGGCGACCGGUGUGCAAAUGCACCAGCAGCAACAGCAGGGUACGCAGCCCGGCAAGCAGAUUCUGCCCACCCUUAUCCCAACCAGCUCGCUGGGUGGACAGCACGUCAUUGUGCAACAGCAGCAGCCCACCAAUGUCAUCGGAAAUUCCUCGCAGCAAACAAUUAUACGGCCAGUGAUGACCAACGUUGGUGGAGGCUUGACCACGCUGCCGCAGGGCCUGACGCUUAUACAGCGGCCGGGCCAGCAGCCGCAACUGGUGCAGGUGCAGGCGGCGCCGGGCAGCACGCAGCGCACGAUUAUCACGCAAUCGAGCCCGGCGGCGGCAUCGGCGUCGCAGCAGCAGCCGCGCCAGCAGCAGCAACAAAUACUGGUCCAACACAAGCCGGCUCCGACCCUGCAGCAGCGAUUGGUCACCUCCACCACCAGCGGUGGGCAGGGCCAACAGCCAGGAAAUCCCAAUGCCGGAAUCACUCGCACCGUCCAGGUUCAGGUGCAGGCACAACAGCAACAGCCCCAACAACAAUCCGCGCAGCAGCAGCAGGCACCACAGCGACGCGGUCUCUCGCUUUCGAACGAGCACGUACACAAGGCGCAUGAAAUGUUCCGCAAGGCGAAUCGUGUCUCGCGUCCGGAUAAAGCCCUUAUCCUUGGUUUUAUGGCUGGUCUGCGGGAGAACCCGCGACCGAAUAAUGAAAAUGUUCUGGUCAUCAAGCUGGGCGAAACAGAGGAAAAAGUUCAACAAGAGGACGGAAACACGGCACUGUGCCUAGUGGAGUCGCAUAUCCGGUUGGACUACAACACCGGCGAGUGGAAGACAUUCCAGAACUACAGGCUGCAGGACCAGACUGCUGCUUCAUAGUCCACAAGGGUUAUACGCAUAGUUCGCAGCACCAAGUGAACACGAACAGCCAGCUGAAGCCGCAGCUGAUGAUAUGCGUAUAAAUGGAUUGUGAAUUAUGAUUUUAUGGAUUUUGAUUUGUCAUUCAUCCGUUCUGCACGGGCAGCGUUGCUGCCGCCCCUAAUUAGGCUAAGUAAGACCCCCUUCUCUUCCUCACCCUCCGCCCCCCAUCAUCCCAUCCCGCAGACAGCAUAGAUCAGCACAGCACCCUGAGAAAUGCUGGAAAUAAUGAAACUAUAUAAUAAUUAAGGUAAAUUAGCUGUACAGUUGUUUAGUAUGUAGUAAAGGCUAGCGCUUAAAACAUUUAGUAAACAUGCCCGUUCACACAACCAUAACCACAGACACCGACACAAGCAAGCACACACAUUCAUUCAUUCAAAUGCAGGAAUAUUCACCUCUGAACGCUUCGCUGGAGAGCGAGAGCAGGCGGAUGUGCCAGAAGUGAACGUUCGCACGGAACACACCACAUGCAUACACUCAUGCACUUCGGAUCUGCAUAUAUAUAUCUCUAGCAUUAUGUAAUUAUUGUCGAGUAAAGUGUGUAAUUAACCUACCCAGCAGCAUACAACAAAAUUUUGAGACGCUGAUCAGCGGCGAGCUCGUUAUUCAUUAAAAAUCCAAUGAAUAUAUAUAGAUAUAGGAAUAUACAUACAUAUAUGUAUGUAUAUAUGAGCCGCAGCAUAAGCAGCCACUGCAAAAAAAACCUUAAAUUUUGAAAUGUAAUAAUGAUGUGUAAUAGGCAAAAACAAUAAAUCUAGCAUAUGUA